ACCUUCCAAAUGUAAGUUGGUUUUACAAGUAUUUCGAUUUCACCUUUCUGAGCUUGCAAACUGUUAAGCGCGAUGGCAGUCUAGUCAAAGUUACUACCAUAACUCAUCGCGUAAGACUUUCGGGUCGCACAAUUUUCCCUCUCAACGAUUUUAAUGAAAUCAAAAGGUGUUGUAAAGAGAGGUUAGAUAUACUUAAAGAAAUUCAGAAAAAAUGGAAGAAUGACGGUUUCAUAAAUGACUGGAAUAAAUAUAUUACAGAAGAUCAGCGUCGUAGUCUAUUAAUGCGAGUUACAAGCCAAAGAAGCAACAGUUAUGAAGUUUCCUCCUACUCCUUACAAGCCAAAGAAGCAACAAAACGGAAGUGUGGUCCAUAUACACCUGACAAGUUUGUUAUUCAACAACUAAAACAAUUAUACUCUCAGGUUUCAUUCACAAAAAGGGCAAAAAUUGUCAGUGACAAACUUCACAACGAAAACUUGGUGAAAAAUAACUCGAAUCAGAUAGAAGAGUCAGAAAAUGACGAUCAGAUUGGAAAGCAAGGUAACCAUAAUGAAAAUGAAGAGAACCGUGAUGACCAUGAUAAUCAGGAUCAAGUAGUUGCUGUAGAUUGGCGUGAAUGGCUAGAAAAUAUUUUGGAAGUGGAUGCCUAUCCUUAA